ACAGAGGGACAGAGAGACAGAGGAACAGAGAAACAGAGAGACAGAGAGACAGAGGAACAGAGAGACAGAGAGACAGAGAAACAGAGGGACAGAGAGACAGAGAAACAGAGAGACAGAGAAACAGAGAGACAGAGAGACAGAGAGACAGGGAGACAGAGAAACAGAGAGACAGAGCAACAGAGAGACAGAGCAACAGAGAGACAGAGGAACAGAGAGACAGAGAAACAGAGGGAUAGAGAGACAGAGGAACAGAGAGACAGAGAGACAGAGAGACAGAGAAACAGAGAGACAGGGAGACAGGGAGACAGAGAGACAGAGAGACAGAGAAACAGAGAGACAGGGAGACAGGGAGACAGAGAGACAGAGAGACAGAGAAACAGAGAGACAGAGAGACAGAGAGACAGAGAGACAGGGAGACAGAGAAACAGAGAGACAGAGAGACAGGGAGACAGAGAAACAGAGAGACAGGGAGACAGAGAGACAGAGAGACAGAGAGACAGAGAGACAGAGAGACAGGGAGACAGAGAAACAUAGAGACAGGUCCUUCUGUAGCUCAGUUGGUAGAGCAUGGCGCUUGUAACGCCAGGGUAGUGGGUUCGAUCCCCGGGACCACCCAUACGUAGAAUGUACACAUGACUGUAAGUCGCUUUGGAUAAAAGCGUCUGCUAAAUGGCUUAUAUUAUUAUUAUUAUAUUACAGAGAGACAGGGAGACAGAGAGACAGAGAGACAGAGAGAGAAGAGAGAUACAGGAAAAGAACACGUUAAUUGAGAAAUACCGGAGAAAUUCACAUUCCCAGACGACACAAAGACGGAGGGGGCAAUACUAUUGUUCAAAGAGGUCUAGAACAAGAGAGAGAGAGAAAGUGCGAGAGAGAGAGAGAGAGAGAGAGAGAGAGAGAGAGAGAGAGAGCGAGAGAGAGAGAGAGAGAGAGAGAGAGAGAGAGAGAGAGAGAGAGAGAGAGAGAGAGAGAGAGAGAGAGAGAGAGCGAGAGAGAGAGAGAGAGAGAGAGAGAGAGCGAGAGAGAGAGAAAGCGAGAGAGAGCGAGAGAGAGAGAGAGAGAGAGAGAGCGAGAGAGGAAAAGCGUGUGGACAUUGACUCCACAGGGUUCUCUACACUCUCUACUCCGUCAGCAGAACAGAAGGAGUGAUCCUCCACACACUUCUCCUUUCAUCCAACCAUCCAUCCAUCCGUCUGUCCAUCCAGUGAAGAAGAGGAGGAGAGAUGAAGACAUCUCAUAAUGACUAUAGUUCUCCAGACUCUGAUGACAUGGACGGGCUGAUCGAUGUGGGACAGGAAGACGGCUCCUGUCCAGUCACUGGGUCCAUGUCCCCAGGUAGCACGUCCCAGAUUCUGGCCCGGAAGAAGAGAAGAGGGAUUAUAGAGAAGAGGCGCAGAGACAGGAUCAACCACAGUCUAUCAGAGCUUCGGAGACUGGUGCCCAGCGCCUUGGAGAAACAGGGCUCGUCUAAGCUGGAGAAAGCAGAGAUUCUGCAGAUGACGGUGGACCACCUUAAGCUGCUGCAUGCCAUGGGGGGCAAAGGGUACCUUGAUGCGCGGGUCCUGGCUGUGGACUAUAGGACCCUGGGAUUCAGACAGUGUGUAGGAGAGGUGGUUCGGUACCUGGGCUCUUUAGAAGGAGGGGUGGACUCCCCGGACCCUAUCGGAGCCCGCCUGGUCUCCCACCUCUCCCACUGCGCCAGCCAGCUGGACCCCCUUCUCCUUCAGUCGCCCCCCACCUCCUCCUCCCUCCCUUUUCCUCCCUGGCCGUGGAUCUCCUCCUAUCACCGGAUGUCACCUGUCUCGUCUCCCACCUCUCCAACUUUCUCCGCGAGGCGGAGGGAGCUGGCACGCCUGGGGGGUGGGUGUUAUCCAUCCCGCUCAGCCGACACCCUGUGUCUCGCCCCCCUGGGGUGCCAACAGGGGUCCAUGCUCGCCCCUGCCUUGGUGUCUGGGCAUCGCAGGGUGCCCUCUCUCCCACCACCUUCCUCCCUUGCCCUCACCGCCACCCCCACUCACAGACUCACUCAGCAGUCCCCUGGAGCCUCAGUCCUCCUCACCUCCUCUUCCUCCUCCUUUCCCAGUGCUCCUCCACAAGUCAGACCCUUUGUCCCUCUGGGGUCUCCCGCGGGUCAGCGCAGGGGCAAAGCGACAAAGACCUGGGGGACUGAGAUAGGAGCCUUCUGAUCCAGAACCUGUCAAAACGAUGCACCGUGUAAAGUUUGCUCUUAACCACAGAUCUGGGAUCAGAUUACCCUUAACCCAGUGGAGGCUGCCGAGGGGAGGACAUAAUAAUAUCUGGAACGGUGCAAAUGAUACGGUAUCAAACACAUGGAAACCAUUUCUCUCUCUCUCUCUCUCUCUCCGUCUCUCUCUCUGUCUCUCUCUCUCUCUCUCUCUCUCUCUGUCUCUCUCUCUCUGUCUCUCUCUCUCUCUCUGUCUCUCUCUAUCUCUCUCUGUCUCUCUCUCUCUGUCUCU